ACUGAGAGCACAACUGUUCGUACAACUGAAACAACUACACCAACCACAACAAGAGAAUCAACAUCAGCCACAACAACUGAGAGCACAACUCUUAGUACAACUGAAACAACUACACCAACCAUGACAAGAGAAUCAAUAUCAGCCACAACAACUGAGAGCACAACUGUUAGUACAACUGAAACAACUACACCAGCCACAACAACUGAGAGCACAACUGUUAGUACAACUGAAACAACUACACCAGCCACAACAACUGAGAGCACAACUGUUAUUACAACUAAGACAACUACACCAGCCACAACAACUGAGAGCACAACUGUUUUUACAAAUGAAACAACUACACCAGCCACUAUAACAGAAUCAACAUCAGCCACAACAACUAAGAGCACAACUUUCAGUACAACUGAAACAAAGACACCAGUCACAACAACUGAGAGCACAGCUGUUAGUACAACUGAAACAACUACACCAGCCACAACAACUGAGAGCACAACUGUUAGUACAACUGAGACAACUACACCAGCCACAACAACUGAAAGCACAACUGUUAGUACAACUGAAACAACUACACCAGCCACAACAACUGAGAGCACAACUGUUAGUACAACUGAAACAUCUACACCAGCACCAAUAAUAACAGAAUCAGCAACAACCACGACAACUGAGAGCACAACUGUUAGUACAACUGAAACAACUACACCAGCCACUACAACAGAAUCAACAUCAGCCACAACAACAGAGAGUUCAACUGUUAGUACAACUGAAACAACUACACCAGCCACAACAACUGAGAGCACAACUGUUAGUACAACUGAGACAACUACACCAGCCACAACAACUAAGAGCACAACUGUUAGUACAACUGAGACAACUACACCAGCAACUACAACAGAAUCAACAUCAGCCACAACAACUGAGAGCACAACUUUCAGUACAACUGAAACAACUACACCUGUCACAACAACUGAGAGCACAGCUGUUAGUACAACUGAGACAACUACACCAGCCACAACAACUGAAAGCACAACUGUUAGUACAACUGAAACAACUACACCAGCCACAACAACUGAGAGUACAACUGAAACAACUACACCAGCCACAACAACUGAGAGCACAACUGUUAGUACAACUGAAACAACUACACCAGCCACAACAACUGAGAGCACAACUGUUAGCACUACUGAAAUAACUACACCAGACACAACAACUGAGAGCACAACUGAAAUAAGUACACCAACCACAACAACUGAGACCACAAUUGUUAGUACAACCGAGACAACUACACAAGCCACAACAACUGAGAGC